AAAUUCUGUUUUUAUUUCCUCCUCCAGGACAUCUACAUGUUCGGAGGCAAAAUCACAAACGAUGACGGUUCAGAGACAUCGUCCAACGAAAUCCAUAAACUCAGCAUCGAUGAAGUGGAAGGUUCCUCUGUAUGUUGGGAUUCCUCCGGCUCGUCGGCACGGCCACGCCGCCUUCAUCCUGCACAGCCACGUCAGCAGAAACAUCCAUAUCUGAUCAGAUUUAUUGUUGUGACUGUUGUAAAAGAAAACUGUUUGUUGCAGCUCUACGUGUUCGGAGGGAAAAAUGAGGAGCAGGAUUUUAAUGACCUGAAGGUGAUGAAACUCAUUAACCCUUCUGAAAGACAACCAGUGAUGAAGGAGAUUCUGUCAGAGUUGGGUCUGCAGGGCGUCAGCCACAGCUUCACUCCCACCAAAGUCCCAAAUGUCCGUUACGAUCUGAGCGAGCCGGCUCCGUCUAACCAGCCCAGGACCACGGCAGCUGGUGUACAGGUGUUCGCCCACAGAGACUUCAGCAUGGUGCGAGACCAGGCCAUGAAAAUGAUCCAGACUGCCUUCAGCCUGCUGGACCAGGAGUUUCAGAAACUGGAUCGGGAGAAGUUGGAGCUUUUUAAAUCUGCUGCGGCUCUGCAGAAAGACAAAGAGGCUCAGGAAGCUCAGAGACGACGACAACAAGAGGAGCUAAAAGAGAUGUUGGAACGACAUCGUUCUCAGAACGAGGCAUGGCUGCGAGCGAGAGCCGAGGAAAACGACCGAGAGAGGAGGGAGCUCUACAGACUCAGAGAGGAGGUUUUGCAGGACCAGGAGAGGCUGAAGGAGGAGCAGAUCAGCAUCCAGAAACGGAGCGAACAUCUCCUCUCCAUCAUGCAGCAGUUCAAAGGAAUGUGAAAAAAA